AUCAGCAACGCACCCAAUUGCUCCGGUUGACCACUCAUCAGCAACACAUCUAAUACAUUAUUUUGCCCCUGCCGCUGACAUUCGCACUGUUCUCCCACUCUGAGCCCUGGGGAACUUCAAGGAAACGAGGAAAACAGGACUCCGGAUCAAGGCAUAAAAGAGAAAUAUGUCGACAAAUCUUGUAACAGAUAAACAGCUGAUGAUCCUAGCUGGUAAAAUCGGAAACAAUUUCCAGUACUUAGCAAUAGGACAUCUAGGCUUUACCACACCUGAAUUUGAUCAAUUUAUGUCUGAGGCAGCUACUCAGCAGGAUAAAGUAUUUCGGAUGCUGUAUAAGUGGAAAUGUCGGCAAAAACGCCCAACAAUCACAAGUCUUAUACGGAUUCUGGAGAAAGCUAAAGUACAUCCUGAUGCAUUGGAAUAUCUGAAGAGUGAAUACAAUAAUGGGAAGAAGAUAAAGAAAAUCCAGUCUGUUAAUGCAAGAAAAAGAAAGGAGCCUUGUGAGUUGGAGAUUCCCAAGAGGAAAAUUAACAAGCCAGAAUCUUCUGCGGUGGUCAAAAACCUAUCGGAUUCUCAUGCAAAGGAGUUGGGGACAAGUUCAAGUUAUGAGCAUCCUUUGAAACAAAUGAAAAUCCAAAGCUAUAGCAAACAGGAGGGGGUGUCCGAGGCAAUAGUAUCCACGUUAGCGAAGAAGGAAGAUGCAGUCCAGCUAAAAUCCAAGGAGAAGAGUGCGGGAGGAAAAGGGAAACAAGGAAAGAUGCCAGUGACCAAGAAGCGCCCUGAAAAGAAACAAGAAGCAAAACCCAACCAGCCGGUCCAGGAAACUACAAGUGCAAAGAUGCCAGUGACCAAGAAGCGCCCUGAAAAGAAACAAGAAGCAAAACCCAACCAGCCGGUCCAGGAAACUACAAGUGCAAAGAUGCCAGUGACCAAGAAGCGCCCCAAAAAGAAACAAGAAGCAAAACCCAACCAGCCGGUCCAGGAAACUACAAGUGCAAUAAAGAAAGUCAAGAAAAUAACUGCAAAAGCAAAGCCCCCAAAGAAGAAGCUAAUUAGCACUCAGAUCUCGGACAGUUUGCAGAUGAAAGAUCUGUUCAAGCAGAAGAAUUUAUCCCUAAAAUCCAAGGAGGAGAGUGUGCAAACAAAAAUUCAAAAAAAGAUGUCAGUGACCAAGAAGUGCCCUGAAAAGAAACAAGAAGCAAAACCCAAUCAGCCGGUCCAGGAAACUACAAGUGCAACAAAAUCAGAAAAAACAUUUGAAGUUGUCUUCCUUUCCUAGGUGAAACAGAAGCCAAAGCAACGUUAUGGAUGUAAAAAACAGCUCCUUGAUGGAAAAAACCCAGACUUGAUGUUGAAAACUGAAGAUGUUCAAGAAUACUUUAGUCAAUGCAGACAGAAGCAUCUUGCUUUUACGUCUUCCAAUGUAUACUUCCAUUUGAAUGAGAAAUGUGUAAAAAGGAAGUAUGGGUUAUUUGAUCAGCAGAAGUUCACUGUUCCAAAAAAUGUGCCAAUACACUUAAAUAGCACCCAGUUCACAAUGCUCAAAAGCAUAAAUAUCAUUCAAGAUGGAGAUGAUAUGAAAUACAAAAAUAAAACUGAGGAAUAUGAUUUUAAACAUGCAAAGCCAAAGCAUAGCAGUUAGCGUAAUGCUAUUACAGCGCCAGUGACCUGGGUUCAAUUCCCACUGCUGCCUAUAAGGAAUUUGUGCGUUCUCCCUGGGUCUGUAUGGGUUUCCUCUAAGUGCUCUGGUUUCCUCCCACAUUCCAAAGAUGGGUUAGGAAGUUGUGGGCAUGCUAUGUUGGCGCUGGAAGCGUGGCGACACUUGCGGGCUGCCCCCAGCACAUUCUUAGCAAUGCAAAAAGAUGUAUUUCACUGUGUGCUUCAAUGUAUAUGUGACUAAUAAAUAAAUAUCUCUUAUCUUAUAUCUGAAGAAGGAGAGGUUUCUCCAA